ACUACACCCCCCAUAAUGCAUUGUGUUUCUAACAUGGCGCCCCAUAUAUCCGCAUGACUUCUGUAAACAGGAGCACAGCGUAGUUUAAAGGUGAACAGGACUGAUAAUAUUUCAGACAGGAGGAUGAAACUGUUGCUGUCGGUAUUAAAACGAACCUACACACCGGCUGUUUGCACCAGUCGCCGACGUUGUGUGAGCUCCGGCGGCAGCGGCCUGUUACGCCGCCGGGAUGAGACGCUGGUCGUCGGGUCGAGCCGUGAACUCGUGCAGAGACUCGGCUCACAGGUGGAGGUGAGGACGGGCUUCAUCACCGAGCAGGAGGAGGGGGCUCUUAUGCGAGAGGUGGAGCCAGGCCUGAAGAAAAAACGCUACGAGUUCGACCAUUGGGACGAUGCUAUUCACGGGUACAGAGAGACUGAGCGUGAGAGGUGGGGAGAAGCAUGUGAGGAGAUCCUGAGCCGUGUCCGAUCUGUAGCGUUUCCUGAAGGUAGUCCACUCCUCGGGCCUGUACACGUUCUAGAUCUGGACAAGACUGGCUACAUCAAGCCUCACAUUGACAGUGUCAAGUUCUGUGGUAGCACCAUUGCUGGAUUGUGUCUUCUGUCAGACAGUAUCAUGCGCUUGGUAAAAGAAGAUGCCACCAACGAAUGGCUGGACCUACUGCUGCCCAGAUACUCCCUCUACAUACUGAGGGACCAGGCCAGAUAUAACUUCACUCACGAAAUCCUGAAAGAUGAGGAGUCUGUGUUCAAUGGACAGAAAGUGUCUCGUCUGCGUCGUAUCUCAAUCAUCUGUCGGAACCUUCCGGGUUAACUUCGACUCAGCUUGGAUAUUAACAGAACAUUACCUGAAUUUAGAGGACUGUGUCAGUGAUCUCCUU